GACAAGGUUCCUGACGCUGAGGACAAGGUUCCUGACGCUGAGGACAAGUUUCCUGACGCUGAGGACAAGGUUCCUGACGCUGAGGACCAGAUUCCUGACGCUGAGGACAAGGUUCCUCACGCUGAGGACAAGGUCGCUGACGCUGAGGACAAGGUUCCUGACGCUGAGGACAAGGUUCCUGACGCUGAGGACAAGGUUCCUGACGCUGAUGACAAGGUUUCUGACGCUGAGGACAAGGUUCCUGACGCUGAGGACAAGGUUCUUGACGCUUAGGACAAGGUUCCUGACGCUGAGGACAAGGUUCCUGACGCUGAGGAGAAGGUUCCUGACGCUGAGGACAAGGUUCCUGACGCUGAGGACAAGGUUCCUGACGCUGAGGACAAGGUUCCUGACGCUGAGGACAAGGUUUGUGACGCUAAGGACAAGGUUCCUGACGCUGAGGACAAGGUUCCUGACGUGGAGGACAAGGUUCCUGACGCUGAGGACAAGGUUCCUGACGCGGAGGACAAGGUUCCUGACGCGGAGGACAAGGUUCCUGACGCUGAGGACAAGGUUCCUGACGCUGAGGACAAGGUUGCUGACGCUGAGGACAAGGUUUCUGACGCUGAGGGUAAGGUUCCUGACGCUUACGACAAGGUUCCUGACGCUGAGGACAAGGUUACUGACGCUGAGGACAAGGUUCCUAAUGCCGAGGACAAGGUUCCUGACGCUGAGGACAAGGUUCCUGACGCUGAGGACAAGGUUCUUGACGCUUAGGACAAGGUUCCUGACGCUGAGGACAAGGUUCCUGACGCUGAGAAGAAGGUUCCUGACGCUGAGGACAAGGUUCCUAACGCUGAGGACAAGGUUCCUGACGCUGAGGACAAGGUUCCUGACGCUGAGGACAAGGUUCCUGACGCUGAGGACAAGGUUUGUUACGCUGAGAACAAGGUUCCUGACGCUGAGGACAAGGUUCCUGACGUGGAGGACAAGGUUCCUGACGCUGAGGACAAGGUUCCUGACGCGAAGGACAAGGUUCCUGACGCGGACGACAAGGUUCCUGACGCUGAGGACAAGGUUCCUGACGCUGAGAACAAGGUUUGUGACGCUGAGGACAAGGUUUCUGACGCUGAGGACAAGGUUCCUGACGUGGAGGACAAGGUUCCUGACGCUGAGGACAAGGUUCCUGACGCGGAGGACAAGGUUCCUGACGCGGAGGACAAGGUUCCUGACGCUGAGGACAAGGUUCCUGACGCGGAGGACAAGGUUGCUGACGCUGAGGACAAGGUUUCUGACGCUGAGGGUAAGGUUCCUGACGCUUACGACAAGGUUCCUGACGCUGAGGACAAGGUUACUGACGCUGAGGACAAGGUUCCUGACUCGGGGGACAAGGUUCCGGACGCUGAGGAUAAAAAUCCUAACGCUGAGGAUAAGGUUCUUGACGCUGAGGACAAGGUUACUGACGGUGAAGACAAGGUUCCUUACGCUGAGGACAAGGUUCCUGACGCGGAGGACAAGGUUGCUGACGCUGAGGACAAGGUUUCGGACGCUGAGGACAAGGUUUCGGACGCUGAGGGUAAGGUUCCUGACGCUUACGACAAGGUUCCUGACGCUGAGGACAAGGUUACUGACGCUGAGGACAAGGUGCCUGACGCGGAGGAUAAGGUUCCUGACGCUGAGGGCAAGGUUACUGACGCUGAGGACAAGGUCCCUGACGCGGAGGACAAGGUUCCUGGCGCUGUGGACAAGGUUACUGAUGCUGAGGACAAGGUUCCUGACUCGGAGGACAAGGUUCCGGACGCUGAGGAUAAGGAUCCUGACGCUGAGGAUAAGGUUCUUGACGCUGAGGACAAGGUUACUGACGGUGAGGACAAGGUUCCUGACGCUGAGGACAAGGUUCCUGACGCGGAGGACAAGGUUGCUUACUCUUAGGACAAGGUUUCUGACGCUGAGGGUAAGGUUCCUGACGCUUACGACAAGGUUCCUGACGCUGAGGACAAGGUUACUGACGCUGAGGACAAGGUGCCUGACGCGGAGGAUAAGGUUCUUGACGCUGAGGGCAAGGUUACUGACGCUGAGGACAAGGUCCCUGACGCGGAAGAUAAGGUUCCUGGCGCUGUGGACAAGGUUACUGAUGCUGAGGACAAGGUUCCUGACUCGGAGGACAAGGUUCCCGACGCUGAGGAUAAGGAUCCUGACGCUGAGGAUAAAGUUCUUGACGCUGAGGACAAGGUUACUGACGGUGAGGACAAGGUUCCUGACGCUGAGGACAAGGUUAGUGACGCUGAUGACAAGGUUCCUGACGCUGAGGACAAGGUCACUGAGGCUGAGGACAAGGUUCCUGACGCUGUGGACAAGGUUACUGAUGCUGAGGACAAGGUUCCUGACGCUGAGGACAAGUUUCCUGACGCGGAGGACAAGGUUCCGGACGCUGAGGAUAAGGAUCCUGACGCUAAGGAUAAGGUUCUUGACGCUGAGGACAAGGUUACUGACGGUGAGGACAAGGUUCCUGACGCUGAGGACAAGGUUAGUGACGCGAAUGACAAGGUUCCUGACGCUGAGGACAAGGUUACUGACUCUGAGGACAAGGUUCCUGAGGCUGAGGACAAGGUUUCUGACGCUGAGCACAUGGGUCCUGACGCUGAGGACAAGGGUCCUGACGCUGAGGACAAGGUUUCUGACGCUGAGGACAAGAUUUCUCACACUGAGGACAUGGUUCCUCACGCUGAUGACACGCGCGAAGGUCUUCGUGCAUUCUCGUCAUUCAAACUUGUAAGUUAUGAUGUAGUUUUUAACUGAGAGUAGAGAAAUGAGAGAACUUAAAGCGUAGAUACUGUACCAUGCAUUAAACAUAGUUUAGCAAACCUAUUAUUAUUAUUAUAUUAUUUUAUGAGAAUCUAGUUUUCCGUGAAAUUGCUUUUUUAAGACACGCGAAUCGUGAAAUGGCUUUUUUUUGUGAAACAUGAUCCAUACCCACCCCCUUUCCCACUUGAAAUGUGUGGUAUAUUAAUUACACACGCUAGAGAAAAAAGCUAAGCGAAUAAGUUGCAAUGGGCUUCCAUCUACGAACAAGUGAUCUAGUGGUAAAGACUACAUAUUGUGUAAUGUGCCACUUUGGUUCAAGUCCUACAAAAGGCAUUUUCUGACUAGCUUGAAAUGUGUAGAGUAUUUAUUACGCAAGCUAGAGAAAAAAGGCUAAGGUGAGUAAUUAACUUGUGGUAGGGUUCUAACAAAAAAAGGUGAAUAAGUUGCAGUAGGCUUCUAACAACAAGCAAGUGGUCUAGUGGUAAAGACUGUAGAUUGUGUAAUGUACCAGCUGUGGUUCAAGUCCUAGGAAAGUCAUUUUGUGACUUUAAAUGUUUCGAAUAUUAAUGACACAAGCUGGAGAAAAUGUUAAGAUGGACAGGUUGCGGUAGUCUUCCAACAACGAGCAAGUGGUCUAGUGGUGAAGACAAUUGGCUGUGUAAUGUACUAUUGCUGUUCAAGUCCUACAGAAGUUAUUUUGUGACUUGAAUUAUGUCGAUUAUUAUUUACAAAAGCUACAGAAGAAAGGUAAAGGUGAAUAGGUUGCAGUAGGCUUCCAACAACGAGCAAGUGGUCUAGUGGUAAAGACAACAGGUUGUGUCAUGUGCCAGUUGUGGUUCAAGUCUAACAGAAGCCGUUUUGUGUUUCAAAAGUUGUUGAGUUUUAAUUAUACAAGCUAGAGAAAACAAUAAGGUGAAUAAGUUGCUCUAGUCUUCCAACAACGAGCAAGUGGUCUAGUGUUAAAGACAACAGGCUUGAGUUAUGUACCAGCUAAGGUUCAAGUCCUAAAGAAGUCAUUUUGUGACUUGAAAUCGCUCGAUUCUUCCAGCGUAGCACCCGAAGACUUUGAGUAGUACCGCUAGACUAGUAAGUCUAUUGGUGAAAGCUCAGUGUUUUCUAUCAUAGCUAAUCUUUUUUCUCUACCCUACGUACCCCUGACAAAAACCAAAAAGUCCUUGUCAGGAAACAAACCAGACAUCACCGACAUGCGACACUAAGCCGAGACCACUAGACCAUCGUGGCUGUUGCUUGUUAGCUGUUACUUUUGAUUUUAUUUAACCGUUUACUCUCUUAGGUGAGUGCAAAGUUGAAAGGUGUAUCAUGUCUCGCAAUCAACAAGGCUCGCAAUAUUAUCGUUGCAACAACCAUUGCAUAA